GCCACAACAACAUCCUUCCUUCACGAAAAAGGAGCAACAGCACACAAUGCCAGAUGCAGAAGACGCCAAAAAAGGAGACCAGAGUCUCGCUGCACUCAAGGUCACCGUCAGCACAACUUCCGAUAUAAUUGCAAAGCUCGUUGCCUCUACAACAUCUUCGACAUCGUCGUCCUACCCCUCCUCUGAGACCGAAAACCCCGUCGCAAAGGCCAAGAACGAAAAGUCCACCAACGAAGUUGACGCUCUUCAACUCUCUUUUGACUCGGCCAGCUUGAUACGGGCACAUUCUACGAAGCUCUCUCUCUUGAUCAUCAACAAACCAUUUACUGCGUCUGCCAUCACCACGGUCCUCCGAGAACUCGUAGCCGGUCCAUUACCUGGCCUUGCUUCUGCCGUCGAACUCUGCUCGGCAGAAAAAUACACAAGCGCGGCGAGCAAGGAGCUCCGAUAUCGUGCUAAUAAGGUCUUUACAGAACUUGGGAGUCUGGUUAAGAAAAUCCCUCUGGAUGGCCAAGUUCUGAGCAGCGACCAGAAGAAUGGGGGCGGCAAAGGAAGUCUGGCUUCCACCGGCUUAGUGUGGGAUGCUUGUGAUGCUGUCCUUGAAUUAAAGACGCUUGGAGUGGCUGGUUUGAUGAUUAAAAGGGCAGAAGAAUAUCGAGAUUUGGUCAAAGAUGCAUUAGAAGAGUUGCAGGAGUGGGGGGCCGAAGAAUCUGACGAUGGGGAGGAUGAGGCAUCAGAUGUUGAUGAUGCCGAGAAAGAUGCUAUCGAAAAUUCUGCCCAAGAUGCCUUGGAUGAGAUGUUUGCAUCCCAUCAUCAUAUUCCUUCAGAUGACCCCGAAAAAGUAAGGCCUCGUCUGGAGUCGACUCAGAAGCGGUUACGCUUGAUUGUUCUUAUGUACGAUGCAGUCAUGAAGCGUCGCUUGAAGACCCUCCCAGCUAUUCCCCAUCCUCAACUACCUCCAGAGUUGAAGGAAAAGUCUGGUGGGGAUCCUGGUAUUGUAAGCUGCUUGGAUAAGGUACUUGCCGUGUUUUCCUCAGUUCCUGACAUAACUGAUGAGCUUGCCAAUGCCUUUUACGAACUUGAUGGAGUUGCGAUUGAUAAGAGGAUGGACGAGUGUUUCUUCAAAGCGUUUACCGCUGCAGAAUUGCUUCUACAAAACUGGGAAGGGAAAGAGGACGAGUUCACAAUUUGGGUAUGAUAUUGAUCCUGGAGUCCCCCGUUUUUGACGAUCAUUAACAUUUCUGUAGGCUAGAAAAUUCCAAAUCGCCAUGAAAAAAGGCUGGUAGAAAACCAAUCUCAUCAUGACCAAAAACUUCAUUAUGACUGCCACGUCUCGUAUCGUUUUUCUAACCUAUACCCUAUGUAUCUUCGUUAAGCUCCAAAGUGUGGGGAACCUAGACCACAUGAGUCUGGUUUUCCGUCCCAGCCGUUUGAUCCCAGGAACCGGGGUCCCCGGAUUCUAUUUAUCCAUCUAAUCAUUGUGCUUCUUCCCCUCUUCCCCAUUCUUUCUAGCAUUAGGUUUUCCAAUAGGAUCCAAGUCAGUCUCGCGCUAACUCAUGCCGAGCAACAUCAUUGGAGCCGCAACUCUAUAC